CUACUCGGGUCCCCGGCCCGGCUCCAGCCCGCCUGACCCCGGCCCCGACCCCGCGAGGACCACGGAGGCCUGCACCCCCCGGGGGGUGGGGAGCGGAGCUGCGGGUCAGCUCUGCGAGCGCCCCGGGCUGGCCUGGCCCGGCCCCGCCCCCGCCCCGGGCCAUGGCCCAGCCCUUGUCCCGGCCCCUCGUCCUAUCCCGACCCGGACCUUGGCCCCCGGCCCCGCCCUCGCCCCAAGCCCGAGAUCGGUCCCUGUCCCGGCCUGGGUCCCCGCGAAUGCCCAGAUCCGGGUCCCAGGCUAGCUCCUCCGUCCUGCUCCUGUCCUCUUCCAGUUCCUGGCCAUUCCCAUCCCCUCCCCUGCCUUCGUGCCACUUCCAGUCCCGAAUCCCAGCCCAGCCCCUGGGACAGCUUCCGCCCCAGGGUCCGGUUCAGCCCAGGGACCAUCUCCUGCCUUUGUCCCACUCCUCAGCACCACCCCUCCUUUCGCCCCUUGCCCUGCCCUUGUACCAGUCUCGGUGCCCCGGCCAGUCCAAUCCGUUAGCUCAGGCUUUGCCCUCAUCUCUGUCUCUCCCACUGCCCCCCACUGUCUCUCAUACCCUGCCCCUCUCCCAGCCUCGACUCAGGUCUGGGCUCCAGCUGCCACCAGCCCUAUUACUGCUGUUGCUGUUCUCUCUGCUUGGCCCAGGGGCUGGAGGCCUCUUCCUGACAGAUUACUCCACCUGCUCACCUCGCAAGCUGAGUCCUUUCCGCUCCUUUGCCAGCACUGAGCUCUUCCACUUCCAUGUGCCUGAGGACACCUUUCUGGCUGUUUGGAACCUCAUCAUCUUCAAGGAGCAAGGGGGAACCUUUGGGGACCAUUGCCCAGACCAAAGUGUGACUGUGUAUUUCCGAUCUGGGGCACCCCCUGUCAUCAAUCCUCUUCAUACCCACUUUCCAGGGGACACAGCUGUGCCUGGGGUUUUCUCUCUGACUCUCAGCUGGACACUGCCCAACCGAACCUCAGGCAUCUUUAACGUUAGCAGCCCCUUACCUGGGGACUGGUUUUUGGCUGCCCACCUUCCUCAGGCUCAUGGUCAUAUCUCUGUCAAGGGCCUUCAGGAUGAGUGUCAGUACUUGCUGCAGCCACAGCUCAUCGUCAGGCGUCUGCUGGACGUGGCAGUGCUGGUGCCCGGCAGACCCUCAGAACAAACACUCUCCCCCCACAAUCAUUCCACCCUAUACAAGGUCUUUGUACCCAGUUUCACUUACAGGGUCUCUGCACAGCUGGUGUGUAUUGGGGGCCGUGGGGCUGCCGCCUGCCCCCUGACCCUGCGUCUGCGUCCUAAGGCCCCACCCCUGCACAAUUCAAGCUCAGUGGCCUGCGGAGGUGCUGCGAUGUGCCAGCUGGAGUUGGCUCUACCACCAUGGGGGCACUGGGUCUACGUUCGAGUGGAGAUGCCAUCCAGGGGUCCUGGCAGGCCCAUCCGCUUCCAGCUGUGUGUGUGGCUGCAAGAAUGCCCACAGCCCAGCCUGUCCCGGGCCUUGGUCCCUGGAGCUGCCAUGAACAUGCCUCAGUCCCUGGGCAACCAGCCACUGCCUGUGGAAUUGCCUUCCGUUGGAGCCACUGUGGAGGGGCCCCGGGCCACGGUUCCCCCUGAGCACUGCUGGCCAGUGCGCCCCACGCUGCGCAAUGAACUGGACACUUUCUCUGUCCACUUCUACAUCUUCUUUGGCCCCAGUGUGGCCCUGCCCCCUGAGCGUCCAGCUGUGUUCGCCCUGAGACUGCUGCCUGUGCUGGACAGUGGCGGUGUCCUCAGCCUGGAGCUCCAGCUCAAUGUGAGCUCUCUGCACCAGGAAAACGUGACAGUGUUCGGAUGCCUGACUCAUGAGGUGCCCUUGAGCCUGGGGGAUGCAGCCGUGACCUGUUCCAAAGAGUCUCUGGCCGGCUUUCUCCUCUCCGUCAGUGCCGACUCCAGGAUGGCCAGGCUGCGCAUCCCCUUCCCACAGACCGGGACCUGGUUUCUCACCCUGCGCUCACUGUGCGGGGUAGGGCCUCGUUUUGUGCGAUGCCGGAAUGCCACCGCGGAGGUGCGGUUGCGGACCUUCCUCUCCCCUUGUGUGGACGACUGUGGGCCGUAUGGCCAGUGCAAGCUGCUGCGCACACACAACUAUCUGUAUGCGGCCUGUGAAUGCAAAGCUGGGUGGAGGGGCUGGGGCUGCACCGACAGUGAGGAUGCGCCCACCUAUGGCUUCCAGCUGCUGUCCACGCUCCUGCUCUGCCUGAGCAACCUCAUGUUCCUGCCACCCGUGGUCCUUGCCAUCAGGAGCCGUUAUGUGUUGGAAGCUGCUGUCUACACCUUCACCAUGUUCUUCUCCACGUUCUACCAUGCCUGCGAUCAGCCAGGAAUUGUGGUGUUCUGCAUUAUGGACUACGACGUGCUGCAGUUCUGUGAUUUCCUGGGCUCCCUAAUGUCUGUGUGGGUCACUGUCAUUGCCAUGGCCCGUUUACAGCCUGUAGUCAAGCAGGUGCUGUAUUUGCUGGGGGCCAUGCUGCUCUCCAUGGCACUGCAGCUAGACCGACAUGGACUCUGGAACCUGCUUGGACCCAGUCUCUUUGCCCUCGGCAUCUUGGCCACUGCCUGGACCAUCCGGAGUGUCCGCCGCCGUCAUUGCUAUCCACCAACAUGGCGCCGCUGGCUUUUCCACCUGUGUCCAGGAAGCCUCAUUGCAGGCAGUGCCAUCUUACUUUAUGCAUUUGUGGAGACACGAGACAAUUAUUUCUACAUCCACAGCAUUUGGCAUAUGCUCAUUGCUGGCAGUGUGGGCUUCUUGUUGCCCCCACGUGCCAAGACUGACUCCCGGAUCUCUUCAGGAGCACGGCCCCGGGGCUGUGGCUACCAGCUGUGCAUCAAUGAGCAGGAGGAGCUGGGCCUGGUGGGCCCAGGAGGAGCCACAGUCAGCAGCAUCUGCACCAGCUGAGAGCCUUGGGGCAGGAGAACAUGGACUCUCAGAAAAACAGAAAGUUCUUGGGAUGGUUCCUGGAGUCUUGGAUAUCCCCCAGGGACAAGAGACAAGUUGUAUUUCUUGAGGACACUGACUUAUCCUUAAGGACUUGGAAAUCCUUGGGGACAUAGAGUAUUUACUGAGGCCAUGAGACUGCCAUAAUUUAAGGACACUGUGAAUGCAGAUGGUCUCUGCAUUCAUAGAGUCCUUCUUAGUUGUUGAGUUCUGUUUUUAUGUGUUGGGGAUUGAACCCAGAACCUCAUGCAUACAAGUGCUCUACCCCUCUGCAGCUGAGCUGCAUUCCUUGUCCCAGGGAGUCCUGAGUUCAGGGGCCAGAGUCCUCUCUGCUUCAGGGACUUACUCUUGGGUUGUGGUCUCUUCCCAGGAAGAUGAGCCUCCUAAAACAUGAAUUCCUUCCUAGGGAGGCGAAGCCUUCUCAGAAGACAGCUUCAUUCCUCAGGAAAUGGGUCUAUCUUGGAGAUAAUGAGUCUCCUAUCUCUAAUAGCUCCUCAUAGCUCUGGCCUCAGGCUUCCUGUGUACACACUACAUGUGGGUCAUGGGGGUGGCAGGCCCUGUCAAGGGGCUGGAAUCCGGAUUGAUGCAGGUGAAGUGUGGUGUGCCUCCAAUGAAGAUUUCUUGAUUCUG